AUGAUCCAAGCGUCGGGAAUGCAAUCAGGGAUUCUGGCGUCGUCCAUCCAUGUAGGCGUUGCAUUGCAUGGCCGCCACCACCACCAACAAAAUGACAUUACAUCAUCACACAUACACGUUCGACAGCUUGUGCCUCUUGGUCACGUUUGUCGAUGUCGCAAUAGUCGUACGCCUCGUCAAGAUCCGGCGACUCUGGCAUGGCCUCUACGACAUAAUCGAACAAGGACAAUUCAGUCGUCUUCGUCAGCCCACUCUGCCCGCGCAUACUCGGAUCGCCAUUUGACCCGGUGGCUUUUGUUCUGUCCGAUCGUGUCCCAGCAGCAAUUGUUCAGACCGGACCAAGUCUCCCACACCCGACGAUUUCGUUGA